AUGUCGUUCCCUUUAGGCGUCAUCGCUUGCCCAGCGCCCGCUGCGGCAGACGACUCACUCACCUUUCACGCGGACAAGCCCAAGAAGCCCGCCAAGGACAACAACUCUUCCUCCUUGUCUGAAUCGUGGUCCUUCAGCUCGUCGUUCUUCGAUCGCGACCGGCCUGCGAAGAAGCCCAAGUCGCCCACCAAGAACCCCCACUCCCUCUCAUCCCGUACGUGGGUAUCGUUGACCCGAGACCGGACCGGCUCAAGCGGUGUCCAAGAGAUCACCCCAGCAAUCCCCAUCAUCAGGCCGGACUCGUCGUCAACAGGCAGUGACCGCCCUUCGCCACACGAUUCCUUCGACCUGCCAUUCGUUGCGCCCUUGAGCAGAAGUCCUUCACGACCGAAGCACGUUCCGAUUUGGAUACCGGACAAGUAUUCUUACGUGCCUUCCACGCCUUCUGAUCUUGGAUCGGGAUCUUUUUCAUCAUACAUCUCAAGUGGCAGCGGGUCUCCAGCAUCUUCACUCCCCGCCAGCAGUCACGACACUCGACCGAAUAGCGCUCGCUCCGUACCAAGGCAUGUGGAGAUAAAGAUCCCAGACAUCGCGAAGCCGGCUUUUCUACAGUCACCACCAACUCGCAAGGCAUCGGACAAGAAGCCAAAGCAACGAGACUCAUUCAUCGAGGCCUCAAAGCCACCUGCGACCGUCAUGUCUCAGUCGACUCCUCAAUCAAGCCGAGCCAACACUAUGGACUCUCACACCUCCCGUCCCUCACCUGAGCGACUGUACGCAAACCGAACAGACAAUGAGUCCAACGCGGCGUUCAGUUCAUACAGCAGUCAGACCAGUCUCGUGGGAAUGCGAUCCGAGUAUGAAUCCGCAUCGGAGGCAGAAUCGACACCCGCAGAAGACGGUGCAGGCUCUCACACACCAUCGCAGACUGGUGCCAACAGCUCGCAAAGUCAACUCCAAACACCCAGCAACAGCACCUCAAACCUGUCCGGUCUCGUGUGCAACGUCCAUCGCACGACUGGCAAGGAGCCACAUCCACUUGUUGGUGCCACGACAACCAUAUUGGGUGACAAGCUCUACGUCUUUGGUGGACGCCGGCUUUCUAGGACGAAGCCGCAGCUGACUGCGAACCUAUACGAGCUCGACCUGAUCAAGCGACACUGGACGAAGUUGGAGACAAAGGGGGACAUUCCACCACCUCGAUAUUUCCACAGCGUAUGCGCCUUGGGUGACACCAAGCUCGUGUGCUACGGCGGCAUGUCGCCAGCUCCUGCCCCUGAACUCAGUGCAGAUGCGCAGCCUGAAGUCAUCGUCAUGUCAGACAUUCACAUCUUCGAUGUGACGACUGUGACAUGGACCAAGAUCAAUACCCCAGAUGCUCCUCAAGGACGUUACGCGCAUUGUGCUGCCAUAUUACCGUCAUCAGCAAUCUUCGCAUCUCAGAAUGCGCCCAUGUCGGCGGUCCAACACAACCCAGCUGGCAGUGCUCCCAACCAAGGAUCUCUUGGUGUUGCGCUGGAUGGGACUGGAGGAGCUGAGAUGGUUGUUGUUGGUGGUCAGGACAGCGCGAAUCACUACAUCGAGCAAGUGAGCAUCUUCAAUCUGCGGAGUCUGAAGUGGACGGGUACAACUGGCAUGGGUCGAAGCUGUGGCGCAUAUCGAAGUGUGGUGACACCAUUAACGUCAAUGAGUGCCGCACAGAUUGGUGCUGGUCCACACGCCCAGCGCGAUCUGGAAGAGGACGACGAUGAGCCGACGGCGAUCGGUUCUGGUGCGCCAAUGCUCAUCUAUUCGAACUACAACUUCCUGGACGUCAAGCUGGAGUUGCAACUUCGUCUCACAGACGGUACGCUCACCGAGAAGCCCAUGCAGACAUCAGUAUCGCCUCCCGGCCUGCGAUUUCCAAAUGGUGGAGUCAUUGACAACCAUUUCGUGGUCUCCGGCACUUUCUUGACAUCCUCAAAGCAGGAGUAUGCUCUGUGGGCGCUCGACCUUCGCACUCUCACGUGGAGUCGUAUCGAUGCUGGAGGCAGCAUCUUCAGCCAAGGAAGCUGGAAUCGAGGCAUUCUUUGGAGUCGGCGCAAUUCGUUUGUGAUCCUGGGCAACCGCAAGCGAAGUCUAGUCGAUGACUACAACAACCGCCGGAUCAACUUCUCCAACAUCUGUGUCGUUGAGCUUGAGGCGUUUGGUUUGUACGAGAAUCCAAGAGUUGCAGAGCCAACGUCUGGAUACGUGUCUGCCAGUUCUGUGCCAGCAUAUUCCAGCAAAGAAGACACAGGCUUCGGCAGGCUCUUAAGUGCAGCUGCUGAGGACAUCGGCGCGCUGGCUCUGAACGUGCGCGAGCUUGCUGAUAUGGACUUCCUUGCCAUUGACGGCACUCGAGUGCCUGUCAACUCACGACUCAUUGCUAGACGAUGGGGACCACACUUCAUCAGUCUGCUGCGAGAGUCUCUGUCGGCGGCUUCAGACACUGACACCGCGACAUUACGGCCGAACGUCUCCAGUCACCCUUCGCGGAACUCCAGCAUCACCAUCACGCCUUCUGUCAACUCUGGCACUACGACUCUCACGAACAACAGCGCUGUGACUGAACUGCCUGACACUCGCACGGCUCCACCCACAUCACGGCCAAGACUGCUAUACCUUCCUCACACCACGCAGACGAUACAUGCGCUGCUGCAUUAUCUGUACACCUCAACACUCCCAUCACCACCGCAUCCACUAGCCACACCGCAGAUCUUUUCCUCACUCCUCCAGCUCGCUCGUCCGUACAAGAUCGAUGGGCUGCUGGAGGCGACGAUCAAGAAAAUGCACGAGUGCUUGGACGGUCGUAAUGCAGCAGCAAUCUUCAAUGCCACUGCUAUGGGCGCCGGCGGUGGUGACAGUGUCCACUUCGCCACGAACAACCGAUCCAUUAGGGAGAGCGAGAUCCCCAUUCGCACUGCGAGUCUGGCAGGUCUCGACGGACUGCUCGCAGCAAAUGGUACACCACGAAGCACUGGCCUACGAAUCGACACCGACAUGGCGAACGGUCGCAGCGCACGCAACACCAUGCGCCCAGGUCAAGCGAAUGCCGACGAUACGAGCGACGACGACAUACCUCUCAGCGCGGCUACGGAUACCAGCACGAGUGAGAACGAGCUCACUUUGAACGCCGGCAGCUUCACCGGCCGGCGUGAGAAGCACCAAGAAAUCUGGAACGGCGCGUUGAGCUCCGUGAUAGGCCUGCAGAAGAGAGGAUUGCGAGGAUUGAUGGAGGGACGGCGGAUGCGUGAGCGAGGGCGAGAUUUCGAGGCGGGAAGAGUCGGACUUGGCAUUGCAUGA